AUCAAGGCAGGCUUCCUCUGACAACGGCUACUUCCUCUCGCUGAGCUGAGAGACACAGAGGAACCUCGACAGGAGAACUGAGCGAUUCUUCCAUCAAUGCCAAGAUGGAAUCACGGUCUCCAUCCAGAGCUGCGCAUGAGCAGGAGCCGAGACAUAGACCGUGCCGUAAGAUCUGCCUACUCUGCCUCGUUACGUCCGUCCUCGUCGCGAUAGUUGCCGGGCUCUCGAUCCAUGAGAAAGCGUGUUCCCAGGACUGGAUCGGAAAUGCAGGCCUGUGUUAUUUCAUAUCCACGUUUGAAAGUUCUUACGAGCUGGCGAAGCAACUUUGUUCUAUCCCUGAAUCAAAGCUUCUUGAAAUAAGUUCAAACGAGGAAGAGGAUUUUGUUGACAGCGCUGUCCGCGGCGAAGACAGUUCAUACUGGAUUGGAACAUGCAAAACGGGGAAAGUGGCCUCUAACGUCGUGUACAAGGUGAACUCUGGAAAGUUCGAAUGCGGUGAAUGUAAAUCCGGUUGGAUUGGCAGUUGCAAAAAUGAUCAGCACCGUUUCAUUUGUGAGAAGCCCGCAGCUUUGUGCCCGGAUAUUCCAGAAAAGAUCCGGGAUCUCUGUCAAAAUCCCGUGGAGCGUACUUAAAUCAAGUGGCAUCAUUCUCUUACCCCUAUUCCAGCUCUCUCCCCGAGUCUGACAACCCCAUCCGCUCUGCCCCUCGCCCCUACCCCAUUCUCCUCUCUCUACCUAUGGCACUCUUACUCGGCAUCUCGCUUGUGGAUCAGAACUGAGGGGAUGAUGAGUCUCAACGCCGGACUGUUGUCAGCCAACAGCAGCCUAACAUUGGUGAUGUAAUGUCCAGCGAGAGUUCGUCACAUUACAGCGGUCACGACUUUACUAAAGAGGGUGUCGACACAGGAUAGGAGGGGCUUCUCAAAGCAGCCAGUCACAGUAUCUGUGAGCGUCACUGGGCUGUUGUAGUUGAGGCAGGUCACCCUGCUCUUCUCGGGCACUUAAUCCCAGUAGGUGUGAGUGUCACUGGGCGAUUGUUGUUGAGGCAGGUCACCCUACUCUUCUCGGUCUCUGGUGUGAUAGUCGCCCUAUGGAAGCAGGUGGGAUAUUCCGACUGCAGCAGCAAGAGAUUGUGGAUGUCCUCGGACACUGCAGCCUCCGCUGCAGUCGCUCUCCUCUGCAUCACCUUAUCAAUUAUCCAAGCCCCUCCCAUUCUCCCUGUCUCCAUCAACCCCUUCAUCACCUACACCCCUCCACUUCUCCGUCCGUCCCUCCCUCUCCGAUGCCCUUUCUGCGAUAGUCGCAUCAUCCCCUACAGAAACGUGCUCUGUCACCUCCCCCCUCCCCACCCUCCAUAUCAAACGGCUCCCUGCUUGUGUUCAAAGCGAAUUGAGGGGACAAUGCGUAUCAAUCCCAGGAUCAUUCCCGCGAGCUUCAUUUCAAUCCUUUCCAAUGCAAGCACACCUGGCCGGUUUACAUAAGGGACCAGAACGUAAAACUCGCCAGUGUUUUACAACACCCAAACUUCGCUUUUUUAUUGAAAUCAUCUUGUUAUGAAAGCUUCCUCGCCACCGACUCCACCUUUGAAUUAACAUUUAGGGAACGGUGUACGACGUCACCCGCGUCCCUAUGCGCCUCAGUUUAUUUUUUUUAAAUUUUCUCUCCACUUAGAAAAUAGUGUACGCCUUUAUUUCUUCGACCAAAUUGCGUGGCCAUACACAUCCCGCCACGGUAAUCCACCCGAGGCUUCUUUGUCCAUUCGCUCAAUCUCUCUGAACCCUUCUGUAGCCUCCCUGCUUCCUCAGUACCACCUGUAGAUCGGUGACGUCACUGCCGGUCUGCACUGACUGAGGUUUCCCGAUGAGGAUGUCCAUCAUCCAGUUACCCAGGGAGGUUCACUGGCCCAGGAUCUGGAGCUUGUAGAUCAGAACAGAGGAAAUGUUUAUGCUGAACGCCAACAGCAACCUGACGGUGGUUUUGUAAUAUCCCUCCUCAUUCCCUGCAGAAGCGCUGCUCCGUCACCCCCCUCCCCUCAAACACCCUCCUGCAUGUAAUCACAUGUAUUGUCUGUAUUGUCUAUUGUCUAUCCUAUUGUCUAUUGUCUAUUGGGAAUCAAGGGAUAUGGGGACAAGGCAGGGACUGGGUAUUGAUAGUGAAUGAUCAGCCAUGAUCACAGAAUGUCGGUGCAGACUCGAGGGGCCGAAUAGUCUACUUCUGCACCUAUUGUCUAUUGUCUAUUGUCUAUUGUAAUUGCGGGAAUAAUGGGGUAUUGAUCUCUCCGUUCUGAGCGUUUCUAGCCUUUCAGGCUGGUUGUGUGGUUUCUCAUCACCUCCUCCCAGUGGCUGCAAACUCAACACUUCUUCACUGCCCUCCCCCUCCUCCCAUUCUCCUAUUCCCUCUGCUCUAAAUCCGGUGGGUCACAAAUAACUGUCUCUGAGACAAACGCAGAAUUCGGUUAGGCGGGAUCGCCGUCUUCCUGGUGAUCGGUGAGAGAGGAGACAGGGAGCUUCGCCUUGUUUCUUGACGACGUCAGUGUGUUAUGGGACAAUACGGAUGAAGCUUCACUCUGUAUGAACAAACUAAUCAAGAAAUAAUGGUGCAGUGUUCCCUGAAGGUGGAAUCUCAUGUGGAUACGGUGGCGAAGAAAGCUUUUGGUAUGCUGGCCUUUAUAAAUCAGAACAUUGAGUAUAGGAGAUGGGAUGUAAUGUUAACAUUGUACAAGGCAUUCGUGAGGCCAAAUUUGGAGUAUUGUGUACAUUUCUGAUCACCGAAGAAUAGGUAGGAUGUCAACAAAAUAGAGAGAAUGCAGAUGAGAUUUACUAGAAUGUUACCUGGGUUUCAGCACCUAAGUUACAGAGGAAUAUUGAGCAAGUUAGGUAUUUUUUGUUUGUCGCGUAGAAGGGUGACGGGGGAGUUGAUAGAGGUAUUUAAAAUUAUGAUACAGAUAGAUAGCGUUGGACUGGAUAGGCUUUUUUCUAUUAGAGAAGUGGAGAUUCAGGCAAGUGGACUUGAGUUGAGAGUUAAGGGGCAAAAGUUUAGGAGUAACUCGAGGGGGGACUUCUUUACCCAGAGAGUGGCAGCUGUGCGGAACGAGCUUCAGGUAGAAGUGGUAGAGCCAGAUUGGAUAUUGUCAUUAAAAAAAGAAUAGGUAUAUGGACAGGAAAGGAAUGGAGGGUUAUGGGCUGAGUGCAGGUCGGUGGGACUAGGCGAGAGUAAGCGUUCGGCACAGACAAGAGGAGCCGAGUUGGCCUGUUUCCGUGCUGUAAUUAUUAUAUCAUUAUAUGGUUGUACGUGUCGGACCCCCGAUCGGGAGUGUUUGGACAGAGCUGAGUUUCUGUGUCUCUCUCCUUCUCCUUCCCUCCCUCUCAUCCUCUCAAUAUAACCUCCAUCAUCCCACCUGCCUUCACUCUACCCCUCCAUCCUAUCCAAAUAUCCCUUCUCCUUUCCCCUUGCACCUGACUUGCAAUGGAGAAUGUGACCGAUCUCGACUGCGAUGAUAAAAAUAAUGACGGGAAUGUCCGGCCAUUUCACCUCCUGUCCAGUGGGCAGCGCCGUUCAGAACUGCCGGUCGGUUUGUUAUCAGAUGUCCGUCAGUUGCGACUCGAGUGCGGGCGGGAGAGAUUGGGAAAAAGAGGAAAGAUGAGUGUGAGGGUGGUGGAGAAAGGGAGAGGGAAGAGAGAAACAGAGCGCUGUGUGAGAAGGACAGUGAGAUCGAAAGGCAUAGGGAGAGAGUGGCUGGAGCUGGGGAGGGAGCAGAAGAGAGGAGCGAAAUUGAAGCAGGUUAGGGGAACUCAUGCAGGAAAGAGAGGGGAUAGUGAGGGGGAGGCAGUGUGCCAUACAGAGAGAAAGAAACGUGUAGACCGAGGGAAAUUGACUGGGAUUGCGACGGAAGUCAGAGAGAUAGAGAGAGAAGGACAGGAAAGGGAGGAGGAGAGAGGGGAAAGGACUGGGAGCGAAACGGGAGGAAGUUUGGGAGAGCAAGAGUGAUGGGCAGAGAGAGAGAGAGAAGGUGAGAAUGGUGAUCUGGGCAGAGAUAGGGGUUCACUGACCAAAAAGAGGAUAGAGUGUUGCAGGUGAGUGGAAGGUGGGGAAAGAGAAGCGCGAGCGUGUUGGUGAUGGAGUAAAGAGAGAGGUAAAUAUGCGUACAGAUUAGAAGGGAGUAACAAACAAUGAUGAGCUUAUGAUCAAUGACCUUAUGGGUACCAUAUGUUGGCUGCUGUCCAGCCAAAAAGGGAACCUUACCCAGCAACAAGUGAUUUCCCAGACAUUGUUCCCUAAUAACGUUAGUCAGUUGUCCAUAUAAAGAAAUAUCUUGUCGCACAAAGCAUUUUUGAGGUAUAACAUAACUAAAUAGGGGAAGGACAGCGCAGGGGGUUGGUAAAAAUUUGGAGAGUAGGGGGAGGUGUCAACAUAAGGAAAUGAGAUUAUAUCCAAGCUCACCUUGGCUGAAAUAAUUAUAACGAACCAAUAAUGAUUUUAAAACUAAUUGCAUCUUAGCAUGUGAUUGAAACUAUUCUAAGACUGUAUUAACUCGCGUAAUUAUAAUAUUCCCUGCUAUGAUCAACGUUAUAAAUUAUGUGGAAUUGUGUGCGAGGGGAGGGAAGUGUACUGACUGUCUCUUUGGGAGAUCAGUCUGUAACUCCCACCACCCCCCCCCACCCCGCCAUGAAUAAAGA